AUGAGUGCCGAGGUUAGUGCCCAAUGGAGAUCGCUCGGAUUCAGCGGAACUUCGUCCUCGGACGGUUGCGGUGGGCCACAACACCACUCGCCCUCGCCGCUGGUUCCUGAUUUGCUACCGAUCGCCCCCGGGAAACCCACAACACCGCACACAACGGCGACGACCAAGCACGAUGAAGGUUGUGCCAGCUCGUCGGAAGAGUUCAACUGUGAGCUAGUGUUGCGUUCCCUCCACGCAACCGACGAUGGCGGCGGCACUGGACGCGACAGUGCGGUAAGGCUGCUGACGGCCACCGAAUCUACCGCCGACCGUGAUUCUGGGUUCGAGACGCCCUCGCUGGACACCACGAUUCUGCUUCCGUGGGAAACGACGUCCCAGCGACCGGAAGCGGCCGGUGACGACGACGAGGACGGUGGCGGCGGCGGAAAACAUCGCCACGGAGAUGCGCCGGAACAGGGACAGCACUAUGUAGCGCACGUUGUUGCAGGGGAAUGCAGCGACUCGAAGGACACGAAGCUGAUACUAAGGCGACGCAACGUCACGCCUACGGCCGAACAGUCACCGCGCUGCAACAACGCCAACGAUUCGGUUCCGAUGGCGGAAGUGGCAACUGCCGGGCCAAUCGGAUCGUCCUCGAGGUUGCAGACCGCCGUCGUGAAAAAGGAACUACUAGAUGAGCCGCCGGCCGCCGGAGAUGGUGGCGACCAGUCGUCCAUGGUGGUGGUCAAGCGCGAACUGGUGGCGGAUGCUGUCGCUGAACAGUCACGGGUUACCGUACCUCUGCCGCAACCACCACCACCUCCACCACCGGCACCACGGAGGGCUCCCCAUAAGGACGAUCCGCUGCCGCUUCCGCUGGAGCCAAAGGAACACCGGAAGUCGAACCGGCGGAGACAGUUUACGGAUCGCGUCGUCGACACCCUCUGCCUGCCGGAGAUCUUCUUCAAUGCGCGCAUACGCCCGAAACCGAAGCCAAAGGGAGUGGGGGGGACCAAAUCGGGGAAGGUGGCGAUCGCCGCCGCCGCCACGACAGCGACGACGACGACGACCACGAACACCCCCAAGAAACGUGCCAUUCCUGCAACGGUGACGACGAUCCCCCCGAGCAGUGCCUCGACGAAGCGUCCACCAAAAGCAUCACAGCAAGCGCCAAGCGCUUCCGCGACGACCCCAACGCCGGACGUUGGCGUCGCCCGAAGGUCCAUCACGCCGGCGGCCACCCCGUCUCCGGUUCCUCCGCCUAAAGCCACCGGUGGCAGCGGCUCUUCGAAGGCGUCAACCCCGACGAGCUCAGUCGGCAGUGGCGUCACCACGGCCGCGCCGGUCAGCGGUGCCGCCUCCACAGUUCCUAGAGUUAAUCCAAUCUUUCUGUUCGUCAAGCAGGAAGACACGCGCAUCGUCGAGGUGCGCUGCGAGGACUACGAUAAGCGCAACCGUAUACGAUUAACCCGCACCGGCACCGGAAGCUGGCGGGCCAUUCCGCGAACCGAUACCAGCUCGUCGGUGAUGUUCUCGCUGCUUCCGCCAGACCAGGAGCAAGAGGACGACGAGGAGGAAAACGAAGGACAGACGACUGCCAGCGACAGCUGUCGAACGUCCACGCCGGCUAGCGAAACGUCACCAAAGUACAAACAUGCUUCGAAAGCCCAGCACCACAGCAAACACCACAAGCACAAGAAGUCGAAGAAGAAAAGGAAGCGCCACUCGGAGGACGAGCGGCGACGGCGAGGGUUGGACAGCAGGAGCAGCAGCUGUAGCACGGCGACCGCCACCCCAACCACGGGUGUCAUCAGUGGACGCCGGAAGGUGACGUUCUGUUUGGGCGUGAAGCAAGAGAAGCUCGAAGCCCCGCCAACCCAGGUGGCCCAGCCACCGGAAGAGCACUACCACCAGCAGCAGCAGCAUCCGGCCGGGGUGGCGGUGCCCCCGAAGCGCACGGCGGCGGACAUAAAAGCGGAAGAGCGGGAGCGCGAGGAAGCGAUUGCCGAGCUGAUACGAAACUACCACGAGCAGCAGCAGCGGCAACUGCAGGAACUGCAGGAAAAGCUCGCCGCCAGCAGCCGACUGGCGAUGGGCGGCACCGGGGUCGGCGGCGGUGAAGAACCGAUGGCGGCAACCGGAAGUGGUAGCAAUAAUAUCACUAGUUUUAGCGAAACCUCCUCCACCAACAGUCUUCUUCCUCGUAGCAGUAGUAGUAGUAGUGGUGGCAACCAUCGUAACAGCAGCGCAGCAGGCGGCGACGAACACAUAAGCAAUAGCAGCAGCAAGCCACGGCAGGUCGACAACAAUCAAAAGGUAGAGCUUCUCGAGCUGGACGACGACGACGAGGACGAAGUGCAGGAAGUAGUGCAGCAGGUGAACGGCGAUGUUGGUUCGUCGCUGGCAGCACUGGUCGCAGUAUCCCGCAGCAACGGCAACCGGGAGUGGCCUGGUGCUGCGAUGGCGACGGCAUCGACCCCGUCGAAAGCUUCUCAUCUUGACGACGGUGGCGGUGGCGGUGGCGGCCGGGGGCAGCUGUUGGAUAGCAUCGAGUCACAGAUACCAUCAACCGUCAUCCCGGUGCAACGGUGCAACGGACUCUCCGAUGACGUCGGCGGUGGUGCGCAUGUGCCAAACGGGCUCGGGUUCGGUCUUGGCUCCUCCGGCUGCUCCUCCGCCGGCAGCAGCCUGCAGGACGUCGUGCUGAGUGUCGACGGUAGCGCCGGCCCCGCGGAACUGAUUGCACUCGAUGAACUUGGGCUGAAUCAACACCAACACCCAGACGACGACGAUGACGACGACGUGCAGCUACUCAGCGUGGAAGGAGCAUCCGGCGGUGGGUUCGACCACCACCACCACCAGCUGCUGCACCACUCGCUGUACGACGACGACGAUGAUGUGAUGCUCGGCGAGGAGAUGCUCGGCGGCGGCACGGCAACCGGGACCGGCGGGACGUGUGGUGGAAGCGGAAGCGCUUCGGCCAGCAACGGGCCUACCGCGGGCCUCGUUGGUGUUAGUGUGUCGGAAGCUGGGGAACGUGGCAGACCGUCGGGACCUUCGGUGUCGUCGUCGUCGGCGGCGGCCGCGGGAGACGAGGAUAAUGCGUUGCUUCUGCUGCACUCGUCACUGGCGCUGGCAGCGGCUGCGGCCGCAGCAGCCGCAGCGGCCGCCAGCGAUGCAACACUGACGACCGGUGGCGGCGGAGGCGGUGGUGGUAGCGGGGCAGUGGAGGCCAACUGCCGCCGCCCCACCGUGGUGGAGAUUGACGACGAUGAAGUGUGCGUUUUGGAGCAGCAAGUGGCACCAACACCAACAGCGGCGCAGGAUCAGCGCCAGCAGCAGCCGUCGGAGCGCCGGAAUGCUGCUGCCGAGUCACAGAAAAGAGUUCGACGGAACGACGAGGAUACGACGACGACUCCACCGACGACGACGACGACGGCCAUCGUCGGGUGCGCCCGGGAUAGUGUAGCGACGCACACGGGAACCACUACGACGACGACGACGACGACGAUGAUUACGAAGGCGUCCACUGACGGUGCUAGUGCUGCUGCUGGCGGUGGUAGUAGUAGUAGUGGGAAGACGAAAUCGGCUUGCACCGAGAACGCGGAAGUGCAUCCACCGCACAUCACCAUCAGUAGUGAUAGUGAGCUCGACGAUGACGAUCCGAAGCACGAGCUGCAGCAGCAACAGCAGGACCACCUUCACCAGCAGCAGCAGCAACAACAACAACAUCAUCAUCUGCAUCAUCACCAGCUGCACCACCAGCUGCAGCACCACCACCACCACCACCAUCUGAGUGCGGAGUUUGGCGAUCUGAUCGAGGGCAUCGGCGACGAUAUACAGUCGGUGGCGGCGGCGAGUCCGCGCGAGGAUCUGCUGAAUGCGGCGGCAGCGGUAGCGAGCUGCGCCGCCGGCGGUGGUGACACGACGAUGACCGGUGUCGAGCUGCUCGAUUCCCUCGUCGUGGAGCAGCAACAACAGCAACAACAACAACAGCGGUGCGCGGACAAUCACAACAGCAGCAACAACAUCGGAACAAGCGGCGCAACGGCAACGACCACGACGAGCGCAGUGACGGCGACGGGUGGCGAUAAGGGGGUCGCCGCCACCACGAUCUACACGAUCGCCGACGACUACAACGACGACGAGGAGGACGAUGUGCUCCUCGAACCGGAACCGGUGGCGGACAUCAUCUCGCGGCUAGGCGAAUCCCUCAGCACCUCGCCCAAGUGCCUGUCGUUUAACGAGGCGGGCGAAAUCGAGGGUCUCACGGGGGAUCUGUUCGAUACGAGCAGCACCCACCACUCGCUGCACGCCGAGGACAGCCUGCCGAACCCGUUCGCCCUGCAGCAUCAGCACCCGGGCACGGCGAUGACGACGAUGGCGCAGCCGGUUUCGAGUGCCACGGUGGCCACGACCACCUCCACGCCGUCGUCGUCGGCAGCGGCGGCUUCCUCCUCGACCGGUGCCUCGCUCGAGGACGAACUGUCGAUCACGAUCAAGGAUCUGACGGAGGCCAGUGAACACGCGAGUUCCUACUUUGCGGCAACGAGCGGUGGCGGGGAAGCCCUCACCACGACGCUGAAGGAGGCGACGGGGACCGGCGGUGGAAACGGGUCCCCAACCAGUGCCAUCGGGGGUGUCGUCGACGGCGGUGGUGUGAGUGUGAAAGAGUUGCCCACCGAGGCACCGAUCGUGAUAUCGCCCGACUCGUGCCAGGAGGAGCUGCCGAAGGAUUUGAGCUGCCGCAAGCGCAGCCUGUCCCCGUCGCCCCGGCCCGUCUCGCACAGUUCCGAUGCGAUCCAGUCGCCCCAACCGAGUGGCCUGCCAGCGGUCCCUCCGUCGCCGGACCUGUUCCUACAGCCCAAAUCCGUGUCCGCAUCCAGCAGCAGUAGCAGCAGCAGCAGCAGUAUCGGUGGCACCAGCCACCACUCGGCAGCAUCCAGUGUUAUCGAGGCACUAAUGUCUCAAGCCGCGGCCGCCAUUUCCGCCGUCUCGAAGGCUGGCGGCGGACGGUCAGCUGGGGGCGGCUCGACCACCACCAGUACCGCGACAAGCACGACGAGUUGUAGUUCCUCAGUAGCGGCCACCACAACCACCACGGCGACCGCGAAUGUGAAGAGGGCCGCGGCGGCGACCACGGUGGGUGCCGGACAAAAGGAGCCCCUCGAUUUGGGCUCCAAGUGUCGCAAGUCCGCCAGCCCCACGGUGAGCUGCUCGGAGGAGGCGAAACGGUUGAGCUCUUCCACUCCGGUGGCCACCGCGGCCACGAUGCUGGGAACAGCCCGGGACGCCGAGGAUACCGACAGCGAACCGCGGGCGAAACGGAUCAAAACCGAUCCCGAGCAGCAACAACACCACUCCGCAUCGUCCACGAAGGCGGCUGGAGGCACGCUUCCGGCAUCCCUACUCACCACGAGUUCGAGUUCGUCCGUUAGUGCCAGUGCCACGAUGACGUCAUCCUCGUCGAGUGGUGGUGGAAAGGGAGGCGGGACGGCCGCUUCGAGUGUUGCCUCGAUGAUGAACGCUCUGGGUGGAAGUGGCGCCUGCGCCAGCGGAGGUCAAUCGCUGGUUAAUCAACUGUCCACGGCGGGCGCUGGCACUUCCGGGCCCGGUGGAAGCACGGGCGGUGGCAAUUCCUUUAGCAACCUGAACGACUCGGCCCGGCUGGUGGAGAUGCUGACCUCGGGCAACGAUCCGGACGCGUUGACGCAACUGCGCCUCCUGGUGGGCAACCCGGCCUGGAAGGUACCUGAUCCGCUGCUCGUGCCAAAAGAUCGUCUCAACGCGGUGCUCGCUUCGCCGGCCCGCGAAAUCCCGCUGCUGCUGACCACCCGGCCCGAGCUGCGGUUGCCGGAGGCGUUCGCGUUCCCCAACAUCCUGCAGGACCCGGACAUUCUGGUGAUUUCGUUGCAGCAGCUCGAGACGAUCCUCCAGACGCAGGAGGAGCUGCUGAAGCUGAAAUCGAAAUCCUCCUCGCUCGAGGUGACCGCGGUGGUGCCCCCGUCACCGGUCGCCGCGUCCCCAGUGACCUCACCGAUUGCGGCCGCACCGUCGAGCAAGAAGGUCCACCACCACCAGCAACAGCAGCACCAUCACCAUCACCAGACCACCCCACCGGUGCCGCCGAGCCCACUCGAAGCCCUCAAACAGACGCUGACGGCUUCGGCGGCCAAACAGAACCCGGUGAUGAGCACCCUGCUGGCUUCCGGAUUGGGCGGCGAAAUUGACGCGGCGACGACGGCCGCCUUCAACCAGAUGCUCUGGCUGCCGUACCUGGGCCAGAUGGGCCAGUUUGCCCCGGAACUCCUCAAGGCCAUGAUGAACCUGCCCGGUGCUGCGUCCUCGGCGGCAACCGUUGCGGCUGCGGCGGCCGCUGCCGUCGGGGGAGCCGCUGGUGGCUCCACAGGAACCGCGGGACCGAUGGGGAACAGCUUGGCGGACAUGUUGCCCUUCAUGGGACCCCGGUUUCAGGACUUUUGUGGAUUGCCGCCCGCCACGGCUACUAGCCCGCUCGAGUACAAGCGGCAGCUGGAGCUGGCGAUGCUACAGGAAGCGAUGACGACGGCGAACCUGCAGCAGCGCAAACAGCAAGAGGCCGCCCAGAAGAAAGCGGCCGCCGUAGCGGCGGCGGCAGCAGCCGUCCACAUCGAUCGCAAGCCGAUCAUCGGACCGAAAACGCUCGAGCAGCAGCGCUCGGUGGCCGCGGUCACGGCCGCCGCCAACAUGUUCCAGACCCAGCAGAAGAAGGCGGCAGCUGCGGCGGCCGCUGCUGCCGCGGCGGCUGGCAUGAUGAAUCCGCUGAAUCCAUUGGCGAUACCUCAGUUCAUGACGCCUCCAACGAUGCCGCACGGAAGUGCCAAUGCAACGGCGGCACGGUACGGAUCUGGCGGUGGUGGCGGUGGUACAUCAGGAGCCGCUGGCAGCUCUCGCGCGGCUGCCCUGGCUCAAUCGGCCACGCUACUACAGCAACAGCAGGCAGCCCUUCAGCAGCAGCAGCAACAACAGCACCGACAGCAGCAAGCGUUCAGCCCGAGCGGGUUCAAAAAUAUGGCCAAUCUAAUGAACCAAGCGGCAGCGGCAGCCGCCGCUUCCGGUGGAGCCGUCUCGAUGCGCCCCGGUGCUGGUGUCCACCAGAACACCGGAAACACCCAUCGCCAGCAGCAGCUAUCGGCAAUGCAGAAAGCGAAACUGCAACAGCAACAGCAACUUGCCCAGCAGCAGCAAGCGGCGGCGGCCGCGGCCAGUCUCGGUGCGGCCGGGAUGUUUGGUUCGGCGGCGGCCAACUCGUUCUUCAACCUGCCCACCAACUUCCAGGAGUUCCACGAGCAGCAGCAACAGCUGGCGCGAAAGUUACAGAAAGAACAGCUUCACCAUCACCAGCAACAGCAGCAGCAACAGCAACACCACCACCAGCAACAACAGCACCACACGCAGCUGCAGCAGUUGCAACUGCAGCAACAGCAACAACAGCAGCAACUGCUGCAGCAACAUCAUCAACUCCAGCAGCAGCAGCAGCAGCAUCAUCAGCAGGAACAGGAGCAAAAGCCUCGGGUCACGUGCAAGUCGCUGAUGAAUCUGUUGCAGCCCGAGAAGCAGCACCAACUGCAUGGCAAACAUGGCGGUGGCGGUGGUGCGGUGGGUGGCGGCAACAACAACAGCACCUCGAGCAAGCUAGCCAACCUAAUGGCCAUUCCCGGCAUGGAUCUGUACACGGCCCAGCAGCACGACCAGCUGCAGCAACAAAUGUUCCUUCAACAGCAGCAGCAACAGCAACAGCAGCAACAACAACAACAGCAGCACAACAACUUCCUCCAGCAGCAGCAGCAGCAGCAGCAGCAGCACCUCCUCUCUGGUGCGACUGGCGGUGGAAUGCACCAGCAGCAGCAGGCGAAGCUGAAGGUGAAACCGGGGCUGCACCUGCUCGAUCCGGCGGCCGUCCAGCGGCGGUUGCUGAACACGGACGAGCUGGCCGAGGUUGGCAGCACCACGAACGGCCUGGUGGACGAUAGCACCGAUCUUUCGUCGCCCCUGUGGCACCCACUGUUCGGCAGUGCCCAGAAAGGGUUGGCGGCGGCCGCGGCCGUAGGCGGUGUUCCGGGAUCGGGCAGUGGCAGCAGCCUCUCGCUAACGGGUGGCAGCACUUCCGGUAGCGGUGGCGGAGGCAGUGGUAGUGGCGGCGGAAGUGGCAGUGGAUCCACGUCGGGUGUUGGCGGAAGCGGCGGCGGCAGCGGUGGUGGUGGUGGUGGAGGGACGAGCAGCUACCACAGUCCAUGGCAAUGGACGACGAUCACGGCGACGGGCGAAUGA